AUGGGUUUGCCAGAUCAAGAAACGCCGCAACGAAGGUCCCCACAAUGCCAAUGGCGACGGAUUCCGGCACUGAAGCCGCUGGUGAAUCCCCACUCUCCUGUUCCUCAUCUCACACGGCCACUGGUGGUGGUUGCUGCGGAGCAUCGCCGCCGCUGGUGGGUCGAGUCCGCAGUCCGCACGCGACGUGUUGGACGAAAGUGUCUACGAAGGAAGCGAGGCGCCGCCGCCGGGACCGUUGUGGGCGACUGGGCGGACGUUCCGGCAGACAUCCUAGGCACCGUGCUCGGCCUCCUCCCCUGCCUCGCCGACCGCGCCAGCGUGCGGUCCGUGUGCAGCGACUGGCGCGCCGCCGCGCGCAUCCAGGCCCUGCCCGCACCGCUGCCCGUGCUGGUGCUCCCCAGAUUCAUCAGGUUCUCUUGCUUGACCUCCAAUGGGGCGCUAACUGCCGCCCGGCACGCCAUGAUGCCCGUCGUGGCGGCGGGCGAUGAUGCCUUGAUCGUGGGCUCUUCUGACGACUGCCAGCGAGCCCACAGGGGUGCACCUGGACUGGCUCUCUGGCAACCUGGAAUGACCUCAUGGUAUCUUUGUCGAAGCGCUCGAAUUGAUUCUUUCAGCGGUGAUCUUGCCUUCUAUCAGGGGAAGUUGGAGGACGAGCACGGUGUCAGUUUGUCCUGUGCUGAGCAUUAUAAGAUUAAUCGGCUUAUCCCUUCCAAGACCAUUGAUUCAACGAGGUGCAACCUGGUGGUAUGGCGUGAAAAACUGCUAUUAAUCAUCAGAUUCUACAGUGAUUACACUUACAUGACGAUGGACUGCAAACCUCAGAGUGUUGAGGUGUUUGCAUUAGACUUCAGCACAAGCCCUUGUGGAGUCACUCAGAUUCAUAACUUUGAUAGCGGUUUCAGAUCCUUUUCUGCUGGUUUGCAUGUUGGGGUUCAAGGUGACCUUAUCUACUUUUUAGAUGAAUGCAUCAUCAAUAAGGUUUCUUAUACAUGUGUGCACAACAUGAGAGGGGGUACACUGAGGCGUUUUGCUGCCGGUCUACCUCUACCCAAGUCAGGGGUACCAAAGGAGUCCUGCAGUGAUUUCCCCGUUUGGAUGUUUCCUUCUUGA